GUUUUGACAGCCGGCCUGUAUUUCUCGUAUCUCGACAGAGAUUGUGUCCUAAAGUAUUUGUUUUGCAUAUUUUGCUAUAUAUUUUGUGUACUUUUGUACUUACGAUUUACAAAAAAUCAAUUCAUUUUAAUAUGUCUAAGGAAGUAAAAGCAGUGCUUAAAGAAGCUCGUGAAGCAGUAAAGAACAAAAAGUUUUCCGAAGCCAUUAAACUAUGCAAUAAAAUCCUGAAAGAAGAUAAACAAAACUACAUGGCCUUGCUACUGAUGGGUGCUUGCUAUCAGGACACAGAUAAAACAGAAGCUGCUAAUUAUCUGAAACAAGCUCUCACGUACAGUAGCGAUCCAACUGUUCCGCUUCAGGGAUUGAUUAAUUGUGUCAGUAGUAAAGAGUUACCGGAUGUAUGUGAACGACUACUUCAACUAACACCAGAAAAAUACUCGGACCUUCACGCCAAACUAUUAGGCGCUGCCAACAGUGGAGUCCAAAUAGACAAAAUCAUAAACAUUCUCGAAAAUGAAACAAAAAUUGAGACAACUUUUGAAAACCGAAUAAGCUCUGCUUUCAAUUGCCUUUCGAAAAUUCUUAAAGAUCCAACAUUGGAAAACAAGUACGAAUUGUUGGCGGAGCGCUGUCUAGAGAACGAGACAAAAAAUAUCGAAGAUCCAUUUCUGAACGAAAAUUUCAAGCGUUACCUAAAACUUCUAUAUCGUCUGAAAAUCUACGACAAGCUAAUUGUCAAAGCAUGUAUCAUGCACGAGCGUUUCCAAAAUGACAUCUAUCCCCUGGAAUGGAUCUGCAAAACAUAUGCAGAGCAGCUCCUUGAUCAACAGGAAAUAGUUAAAUUGUUGCCAGCCCCUUUGGAAAAAUACUUGAAUACAGCAAUUCAGAUAAACCCAAAAUCAGCUUUAGCCUUAGUUGCCAGAGGUAUUCUGCACUAUGAAAGAGGAGAAAUGCAGGAAGCAGAGGAAAUACUUCAAAAAACUGACGCAAUUCAGCCAAAUUGGGGCAUUUGCCUUAAUGUGCUUGCAGAAAUAUAUAGCAUCCGAAAAGCAUAUGGGCUUGCUGAAAACAUCUAUAGGCAGCUCAAGGUUGUCAAUAUACAUUAUUAUAUAGCUCUAAUCGAAGAUGGUAGUGCUGAAAAGCUUCAGGAAGCUUCACUGUACAGUUCGGAGCUAUUGAAUAAACACGAAGACUUUCGAACGUUGUUUUAUAGCAUCAAGUUGCAAUUAGCGCGUGGUGAUAUGGAGAAAAUAAAUGAAAUGUUCUCUAAGCUAACAGCAUUGACUGUGCCCUCUGCUCAAUUCGAUUACUUAGAAGCGCUUCGCUUUAAGGCUGAAGGACACCCAACAAAAGCGCUGGAGAUAUUAAAACAGCACGAUACUGACUGUGAGUGCCUUUUGGAAUUAUCAAAGUUGCAUUAUGAAGCUAAUGAGGUAGAGGAAAGCUUCAUGUGCGCAUUAAAAGCAACUAAACUUGAACCCAAUAACGCGAAAUGUUUUUAUGCUCUCGGAAAGAUUUACCAUCAUAACGCGGAUAAUAUUAGAGCACGUAAAUGUUUAGAGAAAUGUAUUUCACUUAACCCAUCGCACAAGGAGGCAAUCAUUCUGCUUAGUUCACUAUAUCGUAAUGCGAGUGAGUGGGACGCCAAUGCGAAGCUACUGGAAAAUUUGGUUAAUCUUUCCAGAGGCUCCGGAACGACAUGGGCGCAUCUUCUGCUUGCCUUGCACAAUCUAGGUCAACAAAAAUAUGACGAAGCGAUUGCCGCUUUUCGUACGGUGAUUCGAUACGACGUAAAUAAUAUCACCAGCUGGGAAGGAUUAGCCGAUGCGUAUAUGGGCCGGGGCUCCUACACGUCGGCAAUGAAGGUAUUUGAAAAAAUCGCUGAGCAGAAACCGGAUAAUCCUUAUCCGAAGUUACAGCUGGCGAACAUUAAAAAUAUUUUGAAGGAGCACAAAGAAGCGGUGGUCUUAUUCGGCGAACUGUUAAUGGACAAUGAUAACUAUUUCCCUGCCGUAAAAGGAGUUGCCGAAUCACAUGCAGGUCUCUGUUAUCACAAUGUUGCGCAAAGACUGAUCGGUAGAAGCCGCGACCAUGCCCAGCUCGCAGUGGAUCACUUCACGAGAGCAAUAAAAAUGAAGCCCAAUUUCAUAUGCCUAUGGAAACAGUUGGGUAAUGUUUUGGAUACUGUGGCCCAAUUCCCCAAGUCGAAGGCUCAUAUCUCGGUGGAAGGAGCGUUGGCAGGAGUUUCCCACAGGAGACAAACUGUGCUAGAAGGUGAUAAACUGUUUGAAUUAGCUGGUCGCUGUUACAGUCGUGCAAUACAACUGAACCGGGAAGAUAAUUCAUUGUGGUAUGAGCUAGCCUCGAAUUACUAUCGACGAGCGUUAAAAUAUGGCGAGAAGGAAGAAGAUAGUAAAAAAAUGCUGGCAUCCGCCACUGAAUGUGCUAAACAGUCUAUAAAGUUAGAACCUAGUCGGUGGCAAAACUGGAAUCUUUUAGGAGUUAUUUGUGCCACUAGACAGGUUAAUAAUUUAGCACUGGCCCAACACAGUUUUAUUGAAGCUAUAUCAUUGGACAAAAAAACGGCAGCAGUUGGAUGGUCAAAUCUUGGAGUUCUAUACCUGCUUCAAGGGGCAACCAGUUUGGCAAACAAAGCAUUUAGUAGGGCUCAACAGACGGACACAACUUAUAUGAAUGCAUGGAUCGGACAGGCCAUAAUUGCUGAGCAAAUGGGACAAGUCGACGAGGCAAUGGAUUUAUUCCGUCACUGCACUCAACUUGGCUAUCAUCCGGAAUCCUCAUUGGGAUAUGCACACUGGGUUUGCUCUGUUUUGAAUGAUGCCGACUAUCGAAAAAAUAAACGGUUUCAAUUUGCCAUAGAAAACAUGCAUGCCCUGUCGGUUUCACACGACUCUAUCACCUGGCAUUGUGCUGAUAAAGAUGAUGAUGCAUCUGCGGAAGCACAUCGAUUUUUGGGCUACAUAAGCAAUCGCCUUGGAUUAUGGAAAACAGCUUCGGAUGCCUUCAGGAAAGCAUUGUUCAAAACAGACGGAGUUAAAAAAGAUGAAGUUCUCUGCGAUUUGGGGUACUGUCUGUUGAAACAGAAGAAAUAUUCUGAGGCUGUGGAAUGUUACCAACAGGUAGGAGAGGCAACCUACGCAGCUACAGUUGGAAAGGCUUUAGCUUACUUUAAAGCGGGCCAAUACGAAGAGUCUUAUGCCGAAUAUGAAAGUGCUCUGAACUGGUUGGCGACAUCGGACCUAGAAAAAGCGUAUGUGUUGAUCGCAAUGUCUGCCAUGGUCUACGUCUUUCAGGGUGAGGCAGAUGCGAAAACCAUCCUCUUUCAAUGUAUUACUCUACCUGAACCACCCAUGCAUGCGCUAUUUUCAGCCUGUGCACUUGGGCUGCUGCAUAAAGAUACUGUUCUCACAGAGCUUGUCAUAAAAGAGCUACGAAAGUAUGAAAAUGAUCCCAAACAUGGUCACCAUGUCGCCUAUCUAGUGUCACAGUUUUAUUAUACAAAUAAACAAAAAUCGCAAUCUCUUGCCUAUUUAAUUUCGCAAGUACACAAAUUUCCAGAUCGCCCAAAUCUCCGUCAAAUAUUGGCGAUUUCGUUGUUGAAAAACCACCGAACACCAAAAAAGAACCUGGUUCUGGCAAGCCGCAUUGCAGAAAGUGCUUUGAUACUGGAUCUACAAGACAGAAAAGGCAGCACGCGGGCGGAAGACGCUGCUAAAUGGUUGGCAGUUGCUAGUGAAGCGGCUCGUCCAGUGGACGAACGACGUCGUAGGAUACUUGCGCAGAAAGCGGUACACGUGAAUCCCACCUGCAAGGAGGCGUGGAGUUCUCUCAUUAGGAUUUUGCAAUCUAGAACGUAGGAAUGCGGAACGUAGGCCUAUUGAAAUGUUCCAUAUAUACAUUUUGUAAUCACGUUAUAUUUCCUGAUCAAGUGCUUAAUUUAUUUCAAUAAAUAUUAUUGCUUUUCUA